CUCAUAAUUGAAAGCAUAGCAAAGCGACACGUAGUGUGGUUUUAUGAGUGGCAGUCAAGAAAUUGUAACCAGUGGCUGCUGCAAACAAGAGAAAAAGAAGAAAACCCAGAGACCCCCCCGUCCAUAUAAAAAGCUAGUUCUGGUGUUUAAACACAGGAGAGUGUUUUAUUAGCUAAAAUGGAAGUGUGUUUGAUGCACAAAAACUUCCCUGGUGUUCAGAACUUGUCGAACUUAAAAUCAAACAGGACAAGUUAUAGAUUUAUAGUCUCCGCCAAAGUAGACGAGAACAAGAACAAGAACAAACAGUCAUUGUUUAGUAGUGUAACAGAGGCUCUGGAUUUCUCCCAAGUUAGGUCUGUCAAGGAUGCCGAGCUUCUUCAAGACGCCAGAGAAGCCACCAUGUCUGGUGGCAGGAUGAGCAGAGCGCAGUAUGGAGCUCUGAGGAGGAAGAUUGGAGGAACAUACAAGGAUUUCUUCAAAUCAUAUAUUGAUGUGGAUGGACAAUAUGUUGAAGAAGGAUGGGUGGAUAAAUCCUGCAAGGUAUGUAAGAAAGAUACAAGAGGGGAGCCGAGGCAAGUGGACAAGUUUGGAAGAUAUGUUCAUGCAGCAUGCUUGGAAAAGUCCACUUCUGGCAACUUCUUUACCAGACUUUUCUCAAGAUGAUAAUAUUAAUUUUUUUUUUUUUUGGGUCUCAUUUUUAUUCAUAUUUAUAUAUGAAUUAAUAUACUUAUUAACCCUAGAGGUUUGAUAAUUUAUGCACUCAUCUCAAUUUUCCCCAACUUUCUGAUUAUUUACAUAAUAAAAAAGGAACAAAUUCUAGCUCAA